AUGACCUGCGGGAAUGGUGUUUGGUGGUGCAUGGCACUGGUUUUGAAUUGUGUAGCUGCGGCUGGAGAGCCGCUGCUCUCUAAUGAAGAGAUUUCAUCAGAACAACAUCGAAACUGGCUCCGUGGAUUGAACUUUGAUUCCAGCGUUGCAAAGACUGGCAUUGCAACCAAAUUGCAACAUCUGAGGAGAAUGCUUGUAGCGGACAGUGCGCUGUGUGGAUGGAAGAAUGGCAGUUGUCAGCCUCUCAUUGCAAUGCAUGCUCCAGAUGAGCGCGUUGUAGCUAUGUCCAAGUCCCUGGAGACGUGUGAAAACAUCAUGUCCAAGGAUGCUUGCCUUGAGGAUCAACGCUGCCUCUGGCUCAAUGGCUGUACAACAGACCUUCUGCGCGACGUUCAGGAUUGCCUGAUUCCUGAGUAUCUCACAGUCAGGAGGGCAGGGCUGUGUCCAAACAUUGUCCGGGAGUUUGAUUGUGUCGUGCUGGCAGGAUGUGAAUGGGACCCGCUGGAUGGACAGUGUAUCACCGACUCGAAAGCCCUACUCGAGGCCCUAAGGUCCAACGAGAAUGUGAGCAGGGCGUACAGCACGAACACCAUGUGUGUAGCCUCGAGCCCAUGCGUAGAACCUUGCACCAAUUUCCCCAGAGCGGGCUGCCUCUUUCAAUCUGCGUCGGACAUUUCACAGUGGUUCAAGCCUUCUGCUGCCAGCCCGUUUUGCAGGUCGAUUCAGGACACUGUGCGCUGCCAAUGGAAGGAAGAGGCAGGGUCGUGCAUAGGAAAUUGCACAGCGGGAGAAGACGGAGAGUGCACCUUGUCGGGUGCAGCAAUUGUGGAUAUACUGUACGAAAACAAGCCAGACCUGCAUGCUCGCAUGAAAAAGGCAGUUGAAUACUGCCCCGCCACGAAAUUCCGGGAAGAAUGUGAGGCGUUUGGUGGCUGA